AUAAUUUUGGAUUUGUACUAGAAGCAAGCAAUACAAGGGAUGAAGACAAAUCCCUAGCACAUUUUUCAACCUUUGGAAACUACGUAGACUGUGGAUCAUAGUUAUCCUGAGCCUGGUUUCUAUCAAAGUGUAAUGCAAAGCCAACUCUCCUUUUCAUGUUGAGACCGGAAAUGGGUUCUAUCGCAAAUGACAGCCAUUUUGUAAAUGAUACGGACUACUACGAAGAACAAUCAUCAUCUUUAUUUGACAUUCACAUCCUGGUACCUGUAACUAUAAUUUCCAUCAUUUUGUUUUUCUUGGGUAUCACUGGGAAUGUGAUAACAAUAUUCAUUUUCAAACAGCGUAGGGACAUGAGAACUACAGUUAACAUGUACUUAUCCAGCAUGGCCCUCUCAGACAUUUUGAUCUGCCUUGGUCUGCCUUCGGAUUUGUACAGGAUUUGGAAAUACAGGCCAUACAUAUUUGGGGAUUUUCUCUGCAAAUUCGUGUUUUACCUCAGUGAAACCUGCACUUACUGCACCAUAUUGCACAUCACAGCUCUAAGCGUGGAAAGGUAUUUUGCAAUAUGCUUUCCUUUGAAAGCUAGAACCACGAUCACUAAAUGCAGGGUGAGAGGGGUCAUUCUUGGGUUAUGGGUUUGGUCACUACUGACUGCCGGCCCUAUUCUGUUCUUGUUUGGUGUGGAACAUCGCAAUGGAAGCCUGCCCGAUGAAACCAGGGAAUGCAAGUACAUAGAGCACUUGGCCCGCACAGGCCUUUUAGAAACAAUGACUUGGGUCUCCACCAUUUAUUUCUUCCUACCAAUUCUGUGCUUGACUCUGCUCUAUGGACUCAUAUGCAGAAAGCUCUGGAGCAGCAGGCACAACCUGAGGGGGCCCCAGGCAGCAAGCAGAGAAAAAUACCACAAGCAAACCAUCAAAAUGCUGGCAGUAGUAGUUCUGGCCUUUGUGUUGUGUUGGCUGCCAUUUCAUGUUGGUCGAGUCCUCUUCGCCCAGACUGAAAUCAUCCUGUACGAUGUCACUCAGUAUUUCAACCUCAUCUCCAUGAUUCUCUUUUACCUUGGAGCAUCUAUAAACCCAAUACUUUACAACGUCAUGUCACAAAAAUACAGACAAGCAGUGAGCAAAAUCCUGAAUUAUGGCCAGGUCUGGCAUUCCAGAAGCUUGACAAGGAGUGAAAAGACUUCUCUUGAAGGUACGGAGGUCAGUUCUUUUAUGUAAACAGUUCACACAUCUACUUCAGCAUCCUACACACCUAGGUUUUUGGUUGUCUAAUGUACGGCUGAAUCACAGGUCAACAUGAAUCCCAGGUACUAGUGCAUGUUGUAGCUGGAGGUUGUGGGGGUGUUGUGGAGAGAAAAAAAGUUCACUGCUCAUGUCUUUAUACAAAACUUGCUUUAUUGACAUUGCCAUUGCUUAUGCUUCAGGGCGAGGCAAGUAGCAUUGCUUGCAAUAUAUAAAGUAAAAAGUGAAACUAUUCCCAUAACCACUUGCAGAAGCCUGUUCUCUCCGAAGUUCCAGGCUUCAAGCAAAUGCCUCUACACAUUGUUCCAACUAUCCAUAAAACUCAUUAGUGGAUUUGUUUCAAGAACCUCCAAGAUCACAGAUUUUGCUAGUUUGAUACAAAAUCUAUGCAGCAGCAUAAUUCAAUUUGUUAGUUUCUCUUUGAUGAAAGCUAAUCAAGAUGCAAUAGAACUGAAUCCAACUUGUUUCUUUUAUUAAUUGGAAGAAAACAACCUGGGCUGCACCUCAAAAGGAAACGGAUAAGAAAGUAUUCAACUCGUC